CCUUAUGGUCCUGACAGAGCUAUUAGUAGAGAUCUUAAGAUCAUUCGGCUACAAAGGUCUGCCUUGGGAAGACCGUGACUAGGUCAGAGCCAACCAUUAUGAGCCAACCAGGAAUCACUGUUCUCUACUUUGCUGCUGCGUCAACAGCAACUGGCUUGACGGAACAAUCGGUCACCCUCCCUGCCUCGCAAUACCCACUCUCCUCAUUGAGCGGUUUAUUGGCGUCAUUGCACCCAGACGUCGGCCUAGACAAGAUCCUUGAGUCUAGCCAAUGGAGCGUCAACGCCGAGAUGGUGGACAAUGUUGAAGGGGUAAUAUUAAAGGGAGGAGAAGAAGUCGCUAUCAUCUGCCCUGUGUCAGGUGGAUAAGAAUCAUAAGAUCACCAGAAAUAUCUCUCAGAAGUCUCGUGGUACAUUGCAGCGAUCAAGUUCCCCACAGGAUGAGCUCAAGCCUAGAAUCAGUACUGUUCUUUUUAGCUGGUGUUCUCUUUGUAUUUCUCUACCCGGAAACACAUCGAAGACUACAUUCCAAGUCUCAUUUGAUGACGGACGAUAUGGAGAAAGGCGCCAGCUUAGAGAACAAGCAAUUGCCAGCGUUCACUGCUCGACGCCUGACGCAGACUACUUUCUUGAUCGUCGAAUGGGAUGACAUCUUCAAUGAACACCCAUUCAUCUAUGUCAAGGUAGUCCCAUCCGCUAAGACCAUCCUCAUCAUGGACACAGGAUGUGGUGGGGCUACACAUAAUCCGGAGAUCGGUCUGAAGAGCUUGAGAGAGUUCAUCGAGACCGUUGAUGUUCCUGAUAACAACGGAAAGCCUCUUAAUGAAGGAGGAAAGAUGAAGUAUAUCGUGGUGGAAAGCCACUGCCAUUACGAUCACAUUCUUGGCGUGGAACCAUUCGCCACCGACAGCCCCAUUCUCGGCUCAGGCCACUCGCCUACCUUCGUCUCUCCAGAGAACUUCCCUGUAAGCUCAGAGUGCAAUGCUCUAGGCUUACGAACCCCGAUCUACGAGCUUACUUUGGUACCGCACCUACAUGAGAUCACCUCAUCGUCAAGUUUAUCUAUGGGUCUCACAGUCUUGCAUACCCCUGGGCACACUCCUGACGAGCUUGCCUUGUGGGAUGCAGACGAGAAAAUGCUAUACGUCGGGGACACUCUAUAUGAAGAUGAUCCCAUCAUCUUUCCAAGCGGGGGAUCUUUACCCGUGUGGUUCUCCACCAUGGAUCAACUCAUCGAGCUCGUAAAAACGCAACCCGAUGCUGAAAAUGUGAUGAUCAACUGCGGGCACGCUACUGCUCUCCGUCCUGCACUUGAGGUGCUUAGGACGUGUAGGAAGUUCAUGGAGAACGUUGUCUCUGGCGAAGAGCCACUGAAGAGACGUUAUUUGCGUCGGGGGACGUGGUGUGUGGAAUUUAAGGAGGACAAGGGUCGAUUCUCUUUGAUUUGCCCCGAGAGGCUGGUUCUCGAAGCAAAGGGUGAAGCAGUGGCGUGAUGGAUUCAAAAAUAAGGCUGUUGGACUACAUGGUAGACUUCAUGGUGCUAGAAACACUACACUUGUAGUUCGAGUAUCAAAUUACACAAGCGGGGGCGUUGUUUGCUGGUUAUAUAUAUCAGUGUCAGCAUGUGCAUAUAACGAUCCGAUUUGUUGCACAGAAGUACAUCAACUGGAGGCAAUGAGCGCGAGCGUUGUUUACGACGGACUUUGUGUAGCAGGUGAUCCAAAGUUCUACUUCGUAGUAGUACCUUCCUCCAUAAGAGUGAUAUAAGUGACUGGUUUAUUAGUCCUAGUCACGUCCUGGCGCAAUUCGGAGGUCUACGACAACCUCAUGAUAUCGCGAAAAGUCAAAGCUAGA